AUGCCAACUAUUUCAAUUUCAAAGCAUGCCUCAACGGCAUUAAUACUAGCAUCUGGCAUGCUCAUAUCAGGAGUGUGCAAUACGAUAUUAAACAAAUACCAAGAUAUGCAAUGUGUUGACCAUUGCGAUGACCCUGAUCCCAAAAAGAGAACUUACUUUGAACAACCUCUUUGGCAAACUCUAAACAUGUUUGUGGGUGAAUUUGCUGUUUGGACAGUUUAUUUAUAUCAACUGUAUGAAAAAAGAUAUCAAACGACGAUCGCACCACCUUCAUCCGUUAAUCAAUUAGACGCUGCUGCCCUUAUAGAUGACGUAGAUAAUGAAGUGCAAAAGGUAGAGAACACCCUACCUGAGCUCAAAGGCAUCAAAUCUUUGCUCUUUUGGAUCCCCACGGUCUGCGAUUUGACCGCGACGACGAUGAUGAAUGUAGGACUUAUUUUAACCUCAGCUAGCGUGUAUCAAAUGCUAAGAGGCGCUGUCGUCAUCUUCACUGGUGCCUUUAGUUAUCUCUUUCUCAACCGUCGACUUCGUGGAUACGAAUGGUUUUCGUUAGUGCUGGUUGUUCUCGGCGUAGCCAUUGUCGGCCUAUCAUCUGUCUUGUAUCCACAAAAUUCGCCUCAUGCAGCAGACGCCUCAGUGGAUUUCGCUUCACUCAUUGGUGUCUGUCUCGUGCUGGGUGCUCAGCUGUUUACGGCUUCUCAAUUUGUGAUUGAAGAAAAGAUCAUGAUGCAUUAUAAGGUCACUCCUCUCAAGGCUGUCGGGCUCGAAGGCACUUUUGGAAUGUUUUCGAUUCUUGCUAGUAUGCCCUUGUUACACUUCACGUUGGGUCAGCGAUAUCCGUCAUUUGAUAUUGUACAAGGCUAUCACGAUUUCUUUGAUCAUCCUACCGUUUGGCAGACGGGUAUUGCCAUCAGUUUGUCGAUUGCCUUCUUUAACUGGUUCGGGCUUUCGAUCACUUCUGCUAUCUCUGCUACUGCAAGAAGCACGAUCGAUGCCUGCAGAACACUUUUUAUUUGGAUGGUAUCUCUUUACUUGGGUUGGGAACGAUUUUCAUGGAUUCAAGUGGCUGGUUUUGUCAUGAUGGUAACAGGCACAUUCUACUUUAAUGGCGUACUUCGAUGGCCAUUUGUCAAGGAGGAGACAGAGGAUGAGCAUAGACCACUUUUAUCACAGGAAUGA